AUGAUUGGAGUCUUUCUUAUUUCGAAAGGAUGUGAGCCUUUACCACGAAGAAGAUGCUUCAUGAAAACAAUCCCAAAGGUUGGUCUUCAUCCUCAUCCACUUUCACUUUGGAGAAAUGUUAGGGAAAAGAUUUACAUCUAUAGUGGUUUAGGUUGCAAGAAUCUCAUUUAUUUAAGCAGCAAGAAAUUAAAUCGUGAUUGUGUUGGAUGCUUUGAUCUCGCUAAUGGAAACGAGAAUCAAAGAUUUGCAAAAUCAAGAGUUAAAAACGAUUUCUUAAUUGACGAUGUUUUAGCUUUAGGAAGUGGUGGAAUUAGAAUCAUAUUUGAUAUCGGCGAUGGAUCUAGUACUCCUGCCUCUAGAAUGGCGGAGAAGAACGUCACUGCAACUCUCAACUGCUAA